CUAACACUGAAAUCCGUGCCGUAGCUUUCUGGAAAGCAAGAAGAAUGUUACAGGAUAACAGUGGAAUCUAUUAUAACGAUUGGUAUCCUGGUGGAAAUAACAUUGUAACACCAACAUAUCUUGGGCACCCGCCAUUUAUGGGAGGAGGAGUAGCACCAUCGCCUACAUCUGUACAUCUUGGACCUCUUCCACACUUACUGAAUGCUCAAGUGCUUGCAAAUAGACUACCUUCGAGCCCAGACAGCCCUCCUGAAGAACCAACAACAUUAUUCUGAUACCAAUGAAAAACGCUCAAUAUCAGCAGUCAAAGGUUGAAUUCUAUUGGAUCAUCUUGCAACUAUGCAUCUAUAUGAAUCAGUCAACUCAUUUAUUUAUAAUAUUAUUGAUAAACUAAGAUGUCUCGAAAGGAAUGAACAAUUAUUAAUUACACUUAAAUUAUUCGCUCAAUUUC